AGCACCGCCUAUAAAAAUGAUAUGGAUUGGGUACCUACGUAUGCUAAAACCCACACGGACAAUCAAGGGAAUUGGGUUGAUCCGGUUGCUGAACAAAAUUACCGGAACAUACAACACGCCACAAGUGAAUGGAGCGGUGAGGGUCCGCCAAUUGCCCCGUAUCAGGAAGCGUUGGGUGAGCGGCGAGGAUGGUACCGCGGGAUGGGGCCUAAAACUUCUUCCAACACGUCCUCGCACUCGUCAUCUAACAUGUCGUCUUUGCAAUCUCGGACGCAAGAACCCUUUUCCGAGGAUUUUGUUAACAGCUUGUUCCAAACCCCGUCAUUUUUGAACCAACUUAACAACUAUCUUGCUUCACAAGGAAAAGGAAAAGGAAAGUCAAAAGACUACGAUUCUGACAACUUAUUCGAUAAUGAAUCCGACGAUGAACCCAACGAUAACGAUGACGAUGAGUGACUUGUUUUUAAUGUAUGAUUUGGAUUUAAUUAAAUG